UCUCCACCCGCACCACCGCCAGCCUCUACCCAGCUUCUCGCAUCCUCAGCUCCAGUAGCUCCCAUUACGCACACAAUUCGCCAACAUGCGUGAGAUUGUUCACCUCCAGACCGGUCAGUGCGGUAACCAAAUCGGUGCCGCCUUCUGGCAGACCAUCUCCGGCGAGCAUGGCCUCGACGGCUCUGGUGUCUACAAUGGCACCUCGGACCUUCAGCUCGAGCGCAUGAACGUCUACUUCAACGAGGCGUCCGGCAACAAGUUCGUUCCCCGUGCCGUCCUCGUCGAUUUGGAGCCCGGUACAAUGGACGCUGUCCGCGCUGGCCCCUUCGGUCAGCUCUUCCGUCCCGACAAUUUCGUCUUCGGCCAGUCUGGUGCUGGUAACAACUGGGCAAAGGGUCACUACACUGAGGGUGCCGAGCUUGUCGACCAGGUCCUCGAUGUCGUCCGCCGCGAAGCUGAGGGCUGCGACUGCCUCCAGGGUUUCCAGAUCACCCACUCUCUCGGUGGUGGUACCGGUGCUGGUAUGGGUACUCUCCUCAUCUCCAAGAUCCGUGAGGAGUUCCCCGACCGCAUGAUGGCCACUUUCUCCGUCGUGCCUUCCCCCAAGGUCUCCGACACUGUUGUCGAACCCUACAACGCCACCCUCUCCAUUCACCAGCUUGUCGAGAACUCCGACGAGACCUUCUGUAUUGACAACGAGGCUCUGUACGACAUCUGCAUGAGGACACUCAAGCUCAACAACCCCUCCUACGGUGACCUGAACCACCUCGUCUCCGCUGUCAUGUCUGGUGUCACUACCUGCCUGCGUUUCCCUGGUCAGCUGAACUCUGACCUGAGGAAGUUGGCCGUCAACAUGGUUCCCUUCCCCCGUCUCCACUUCUUCAUGGUCGGAUUUGCUCCUCUGACCAGCCGUGGUGCUCACUCUUUCCGCGCUGUGACCGUUCCCGAGCUCACCCAGCAGAUGUUCGACCCCAAGAACAUGAUGGCUGCGUCUGACUUCCGUAAUGGUCGCUACCUGACCUGCUCCGCCUACUUCCGCGGUAAGGUCUCCAUGAAGGAGGUCGAGGACCAGAUGCGCAACGUCCAGAACAAGAACUCCUCCUACUUCGUUGAGUGGAUUCCCAACAACGUCCAGACCGCUCUCUGCUCCGUUCCCCCUCGCGGUUUGAAGAUGUCCUCCACCUUCGUCGGUAACUCAACCUCCAUCCAGGAGCUCUUCAAGCGUGUUGGUGACCAGUUCACUGCCAUGUUCAGGCGCAAGGCUUUCUUGCAUUGGUACACUGGUGAGGGUAUGGACGAGAUGGAGUUCACUGAGGCUGAGUCCAACAUGAACGACUUGGUUUCCGAGUACCAGCAGUACCAGGAGGCUUCCGUCUCCGAUGCCGAGGAGGAGUACGAUGAGGAGGCUCCUCUCGAGGCCGAGGAGUAGGCUUCCCAGGCUCCGACGCUAUCAGAUUGCUAGAGUUAUACAAUUAGCUCAGCACUGCCGAAACGUCGAAUCUGGUCAACUUCUGUUUCUUGCUUGGGCAUCAUCGCUGCGUAUCCGGCAUGUCGUUGGCGGAAGCACUUAUUGUCACUGUCAAGACAAGCUGAGGUUAUAGCAUGAUCACAUUGGCGCCAGAGCGAUUCUUGUUAAUACAAAAGAUUCUAUAAUUGGAUAUGUUCAACGACCAAGUGCAUUUGAC